GGUCAAGCAUUUUAUUGAUGACAAAUGCUUGAAAUAUGAAGUGACGAAUGACUCUUGCCAUUCGAAUGAUUCUUGGAGUACGGGGAUGAAGCUGCGAACUACGCUGUCAGCACCUUGCGUGUACGUUUUCGAAACUGAAAAGAAACAACGGAAAUGAAAGGCCGAACACUAUUCAUUCACCGCGCAUGCGUGCGAGGCCCCUCCAAGCACAAAGGAGUAAACGCACACGCGGAAGGUGCGCGUGCCUGCCAGAGACCGGCUGCGCGCCGCCACCGACGCCGAGCUGUUGCUGUGGGCAUCUCCGCUCUUGGUGCUCCCCGGUUGUUGUGCUUGGCGACAGCUCGUACUCCUCUUCAAGAAUUGCCUGCACUAAAGAACGACGACUGGCCGACUGUCUUGGAGGUCUUCGCUUAAAGAAAAUAAAUCAGGCAAACAACACUGCCUCUUCGUCGCUGGACGACUCCCUGAAGGCGAUCAAAGACGGCGAGGUGCCAGUGGACGUGGCGACCGAGGACGACACGAUGGCGGCGUCCUCGGCGUCCUCCUCGGUGGACGGCGUCCGCGUUUACCGCGUCAACCUGAGCCUGCUGCCCGUGGCGCUCACCGAGGCCGUGGCGCUCGCCUCGCUCGCCCUGGUCGCCUACGCACUCAGGGUAGGCUGGUUGCCGGUGCCGCUGACGGAGCGGCUGUUCCGCUGCGACGACCCCGACCUCUCGUGGCCCCAGAGGCCGCAGGCCGCCGAGGACUCGCUCGCCAUGGCACUGCUCAGUCCGGCCGCGCUGUACGCUGCCUGCGUCGCCCUGCCAUUCGUCACGAUGGUGGUUGGCGAGCUGUUGCUGGCGGCCUUCUCUCGGCGCGGCCGCAGGGUGGUCCGCGCCGGGUGCGUCGGCUGCAAGGUGCACCAGCUGACGCGCAGGCUGCUGCGCAACACAGGCGUGUACCUGUUGGGCGCGCUGUGUACCAGCGUCACGGUGGACGUGCUGAAGCACGCCUGCGGGGCCCAGCGACCCUAUUUCCUGAGCGUCUGCCGGCUCAACGGCAGCUGCGACCGAGGACACUACCGCUUCUGCCAGGCCGCCCACGACCCGCAUUCGGUGGCGGGACUCAGAUAUGCCAGCAUGUCCUUCCCGUCGUUCCAUGCUGCUCUGAUGACGUACGCGGCCGUCUACGUCACGGCGUACCUGCACUGCGUGGCACGAACCCGGUCCUGGCGGCUCCUGAAGCCCGCCGUGUGCCUGGCCCUGGGCGCCCUGGCGCUGCUGUGCUGCGCGAGCCGCGUGGCGCUCCGUCGCAGCCACGCGGCCGACGUGCUGGCCGGUGCAGCGAUGGGCGCCGCCGUGGCCGCCUACCUGAGCGCGUGUGCUGCUCAGCGGUUCCGCGAGCGGCGCACUGCGAGGGGCGCCGUGAGCAGCGGCGGCCAGCCUCAAGCCGGGCCCUUCUACCGCUACGUGCACACCGGCAAGGACGCGCCCUGCUCGCCCGGCCCGGACGCCUUCCAGAGGGACCUGCAGAAACGCGUCACCGAAAGCCGCCGGAACCGGCAGCACGCCCAGGACGCGGCCAGGGCAUGACCAGACUCGUCGCGCGGUUCAUUCGACGCGCCGGCCAUUCGACGCGCGAGGGUGUUCCACUCGUCGGCAGAGUGCGAGUAGACGGGACGAGACUGCCAGUUGCUGCUGCUAUUCACUAAGCACGGAAAGCGAAUCCAAAUAGCGUACAAGAACAUAACGAAUGAAAAGAAAAAGAGCAGGCGCCUCCCUUGCCAGUCAAAGACUGUGUGUUCCAAGCGCACCGUGUCGAGCCUUCGCCCCGAUUGCAGGACUGCUGUCGCAGCAUCUGGCCACGGGCAGUUGAUUAGAUUUCUUCUACAUUAUUUUCUGCGUCUACGCAAGAGCGCGCACGAAUAAUGUCUCAUCUGGCCUUCAUCUGCCCACGCCCUUUCGAGUAUACUUGGAAUGAAUGCGCUGCAGCCAAUCGGCGGGCUCCCCUCGAUGUGCGUCAACUGGAGGGAAGCACGAACCCAUCGGCGAGGGGGUGCCUAAAAUCAUUUCGCGCAUCAGAGGCGCAGUCGUGAGUGGAGUCUAUACACUUAUACUAUCUUCGCAGCGAACACGAGAAGCUCGGUUCUCCAAACGUGUUGUUGACGCGCAUGUGGAGCAAACGUUUGUCGCUAGAUCUUUACCGCAGGUCACGAUAGGUCCGGGAGACCAGAGCGAUACCUUUAUUUUACCAUUCAAGCGCAAUAUUUUCGUGGAAUAAGUGUAACGAGAACACACCGCAUUUUUUAUGUAAACGACAAUGUCAACAUGUCAAUGCACUAAACACUAUAAGCAUUAUACUGAACCGUCGCACGCGUGUCGAGAAGAGGGCGCGUGAACCAUAUGUGCUCUGCGUUGAUUCUGCAAAUCCCAAGUAAGAACGCGCCACAGAAGCCGCAUCUGUGGACGGCCGAUGUCAUUUUGAGCGACAGGGUGGCCUAGAAUCCGUGUCUGCUGUACCGUUCGAGCAGAGCGGCAAUCGCAGCUUCAGCAGCCCACUGUGCCGGCAUAUAGGCGAAUACCUCUGUACAGUCUGGCGCGACCGUGCACCCAUUUGUUUGCUUCGAAAACGUCACGGCACAUAUUAUUCUGUAUACUCGGAGCGUCUAGUGCCGUAACAAACAUAUGUGCAAGAUGCACAGCGAUCUCGGGCACCGCGCCCACUUUUACACAUUUCCUGACGUCCGAGUGCAAGCGAACGUUCUAGUCACAAUUUGUAUUUCUCGACGCAGAAACUGUCUGUGGCUGUAAUAA